AUUCCUCAAGUUUUAUUUGCCUCUAUAAGCAAUGCAGAGAACUUAUUUUUUUUUCGCUGGAGCCUUGGUACUGUUGCACUUUAUCGCAACUAGCUCAGACAGCAUAAGUAUUGCCAAUAACCAUAACAACAGUGCUAGUGAUCUGAAUGCUCUUCUUGCCUUCAAAGCCGCCAUUUUCGAUCCCCAAAGGAUCAUCCCAACCAACUGGUCCACUUCUACCUCUGUUUGCAACUGGAUUGGAAUCACUUGUAAUGCUCGUCAUCACAGAGUCGCAGCCAUUGACCUUUCUUACAUGGGAAUUGCAGGAACUAUACCUCCACAAUUGGGUAAUCUUUCAUUUCUCGUCAGGUUGAAUGUUAUGAAUAACAGCUUUCAUGGACAUCUUCCAACUGAGCUAUCUCGUCUACGCCGAUUGAAGUACAUCAACUUGGAAGAUAAUGCCUUUGAAGGAGAACUACCGUCAUGGUUGGGAGGUUUAACUACACUCCAAUACUUAUCCUUCCGAGAUAACGGAUUUUCAGGUUCAUUAUCAGGCAGGCUCUCUAAUUUCACAAAGUUAGAGACCAUCAGGUUGGGUUUCAACUUUUUUACUGGAAAUCUUUCAGAAGAAUUGAGCGCUUUACCGAAAUUGACAGUUUUGGACAUUCAACAUAACCAACUUGUUGGCCCUCUACCAUGGGAUUUGUUUAACCUCUCCUCAUUGCAAAUUAUUGCUUUUACGAAUAAUAGCUUAUCGGGUUACCUUCCAGCACAUAUCUGCGAUUAUCUCCCACAACUCCAAGGACUUUAUUUAUCAUGGAAUUACUUUGAAGGUGAAAUUCCAUCAGGCAUCGGAGAAUGUUCAAAACUCCAAGUUUUAUCCUUGUCACUCAACAAAUUCCGAGGAUAUAUACCAAGAGAAUUUUGGAAUCUAACCACGCUAACACGAAUAGCUUUGGGUGGGAACGACCUGACAGGCCCUCUGCCACAGGCUCUGUUUAACCUCUCCUCAUUGCAAAUUGUUGGUUUUGAGAAUAAUAGCUUAUCGGGUUACCUUCCAGCACGCAUCUGCGAUCAUCUCCCACAACUCCAAGGGCUUUAUUUAUCAUAUAAUCACUUCGAAGGUGAAAUUCCAUCAGGCAUUGGAGAAUGUUCAAAACUCCAAGUUUUAGGUUUGUCAUACAACAGAUUCAGAGGGUAUAUACCAAAGGGAAUUUGGAAUCUUACCACGCUUACAGAAAUAUAUUUGGAUUCAAGUGACCUGACAGGUGAAAUUCCAAAAGUCAUUGACAAUCUCUAUAAUUUGGAGAUACUAUCCAUACAGAGUGCUAAUGUGACAGGUAUAAUACCUCAAGAGGUUGGUAAUCUUAGCAAGUUGGAAGCACUCAUGUUGGACUUGAAUAGGUUAACAGGCCCUAUCCCGCUGAAACUUUUCAAUAGUUCAACUGUACGAUUUAUUUCUCUCACGGACAACGAUUUAUCAGGCGAGCUUCCAUCAACUAUAGGUGCUUUCUUACCCAAUCUUGAGGAACUCUACCUUGAUGAAAAUGAAUUCAGUGGAACUAUACUAGCAUCUAUCUCAAAUGCUUCUAGGCUCAGAAUCCUAAGCAUUGGUAUGAAUCAUUUUACUGGUGCAAUUCCUCAUUCUCUUGGAAACAUGAGAUUAUUGGAAUACUUGGGUAUAUGGCAAAAUAAUUUUUCUGAGGACUCGCUAUCCAAAGAGUUGAGCUUCAUCAUAUCCCUGUCAAACUGCGAACAUUUAACAUGGUUGUGGAUACAUGAGAAUCCUCUCAAUGGCUUCCUCCCAAAGUCUAUUGGAAAUCUUUCUAGCUCACUCGAAUCCAUUUCUGCCACUGGUUGUGGAAUCAUAAGUGAAAUUCCAAGUUCGAUUGGUAAUUUGAGCAACUUAAUAGAACUGUACUUUGACAACAAUAGUUUGACAGGGUUAAUUCCAACUACAAUCAAAUGGUUCUUGAAGCUUCAGAGGAUACAUCUAAGCGACAAUCAGAUGCAAGGAGCUAUUCCAAGUGAGCUUUGUUAUUUGUUGAACUUAGGAGGAUUAUAUCUGGCAAAAAAUAAGCUUUCUGGUAUGGUGCCUUCUUGUUUAGGAAACGUUACAGCACUCAGAUAUGUUGAUCUCAAUUCUAACAAUUUAGGUUCUAUGAUACCAACAAGCUUUUGGAGCCUCAGAGAUAUUUUGGAGCUAGACAUGUCAGGAAAUUAUUUGACAGGUUCUUUGCCUGCUGAAAUUGGAAACUUGAAGGUAUUAGUCUAUUUGAACCUUUCAAAUAAUCAAUAUUCGGGUGAAAUGCCUAGCACCAUUGGAGCACUACAGAGUUUACAAAACCUGUCCUUGGAACGUAACAAGCUACAAGGAUUGAUACCGGAUUCCAUCAAGAGUAUGUUGCAGUUACGGCAUUUGGAUCUAUCUUUUAACAAUCUGGAAGGUGAAAUUCCCAACUCAUUACAGACACUAUCAGAUCUCCAAUACUUUAAUGUGUCUUACAACAGAUUGAAAGGACCGAUUCCUCAUGGAGGGCCAUUCGCAAAUUUCACGAACCUAUCUUUUCUCUCAAAUGAAGCAUUGUGCGGCGCUCCUUGGCUCCAACCUUGUACAAGUACAUUUGAGCAUGAAUCAAGGACAAAAAGGAUAGUCAUGAUUGUUCUGUUGGCAUCAGGAUCUGUCAUAUUAGCCUUGGUGAUUUCAAUUUUUUUGAUGAGGUUAAAGUUGAGAAAGAAAAUUCUAGCUCCGACUCAGAACUUGCUUCCCAUGGCGACAUUUGAAAGGGCGUCCUGCCAUGAACUUAGACAAAUAACAAAUGGAUUCAGCGAGAGUAACUUACUUGGCUCGGGGAGCUUUGGUUCAGUUUACAAGGGAAUUCGUGAAAAUGGGAUGGUUUGGGCCAUAAAGGUAUUCGAUUUGCAGCUAGAAGGUGCAUUUAAAAGCUUUGAUAGAGAAUGUGAAGUCUUAAGCUGCCUUCGUCAUCGAAAUUUAACUAGAGUAAUUAGUGCUUGCUCUAGCCUUGACUUUAAGGCUUUGGUGCUCGAAUACAUGCCCAAUGGAAGCCUUGAGAAAUGGCUUCAUGUAAACCAUCAUGUCCUAAGUAUCAUGCAAAGGUUGGAUAUCAUGAUAGAUGUGGCUUCUGGUUUGGAAUAUCUCCACUAUGGUUAUUCAACUCCUAUAGUUCAUUGUGAUUUGAAACCUAGCAAUAUUCUCUUAGAUCAAGACAUGGUUGGGCAUGUUUGCGAUUUUGGAAUUGCAAAGUUGUUAGGAGAUGGAGAAUCUGUGGUACAAACAAAGACUCUUGCUACAUUUGGAUAUAUUGCCCCAGAGUAUGGACUGGAAGGAUUGGUUUCAACAAGUUGUGAUGUCUACAGCUUUGGAAUUACAUUGAUGGAGACAUUUACAAAAAGAAAGCCUAAGGAUGAGCUGUUCACAGAAGAAUUAAGCCUCAGGCGUUGGGUACAAGAUUGCUUACCAGAUUCUGUGAUUCAGGUUAUAGAUGUAGAUUUACUUCAUCCUGAAGACGGACUGGUGCAAAAGAAGAUUAACUGCAUAUCAUCUGUCUUGCAACUUGGUUUAAGUUGUACAACAGAUGCCCCUAAGGAGAGAAUAUACAUGAAAGAAGUUCUAAGAGCGCUACAGAAGAUCAAACUCCAGUUUAUCAAAGACAUCACACCUUGAAGCAGGUAUAAAACCAAUAAUCCAAUAGCAACUUUUUUUUCUUCAAUCAUAUGGGAUAUCUAAAGCUUAUUCCAAGGAUUAUUAUUCAUUCAAGUAGUACUUAUGGGUUUGUUUGGAUUGUAAGUUAUUGGGGAUAUUUUUACUGUAGCACUUUUUGUGAUGUGAUGUAUGUGAGAUAAAAAGGUAAUUGGAAAGAUAAAAAGGUGCGUUGGAAAUUG